AUGGCUACGACUAGCAAGCAAUACAAGGCCAUCGGCGAGGAUAUCUGGAAAGGCAGGACAGAAAAGAUUAACGCAGAGCUUUUCGCGCUCACAUAUGGCGCCCUUGUUGUGCAGCUCAUCCAAGAUUAUGAAGACUACGCGGAAGUCAACAAACAGCUGGAGAAGAUGGGGUACAAUAUCGGUACGCGCCUGAUUGAGGACUUUCUCGCGCGUAGUUCCAUCGGUCGGUGUGCGGAUUUUAGGGAGACGGGAGAAGUAGUAGCGAAGGUUGGGUUCAAGGCAUUUCUCAACAUAACCCCUACUGUAACACAUUCCUCACCUCCCCCUCCUUCCCCAACGCGAGGCAGUGGACAAUCAAAUACUGCGGGGUCGUCCUUCACUCUAACUCUCGACGAGAACCCGCUUGCCGAGUUUGUGGAACUUCCGGAGGAGGCGCUCGAAGGCGGUCUGUGGUUCAGCAACGUACUAUGUGGUGUACUCAGAGGCGCGUUGGAAAUGAUCCAGAUGCAGGUACAAGCCAACUUCGUGUCAGACGUGCUACGAGGAGACGAGACAACAGAGAUUCGUGUGACACUACUGAAGUACCUGGAGGAGGAAGUACCGGUAGGAGACGAUUAG